UAUAAUUUUGUCUAUUUUAUUUGUUUUAUAUAUUUUAAGAAUUUUAUAAUAAAACCAAUUACAAUAUUUUACUAUAUUUAAAUCAAAUAGUUUUUUUAUUAUAAUAUUUUUUUAUUUUUUUUAUUUUUUUAUUUUUUUAUUUUUAUUUAAUAAAUGUAUUAUACACAAAAGAAUCACUAUCAUUAUAAUUAAUAAAUAAAAAAUGAACCCAAACAAUUUAAAUUAUUUAGAUGAAUUAGUUAAAGAGUACCUAUUGUUUAGAGGAUUCACUCAAACCAAUCAUACCUUUUCAAUAGAGAAAAAAUCAGACAAGUUAAAAGGAUUUCAAGUAGAGAAAAUAUUAGAUCAGAUUAAUAUAUAUAUUUCAAAUUAUGAUAUUGCCCAUGUUAUUGAACUAUGGAGCUUUUUAGAUUCUUCAUUCUUUAGCAAAAUCGAUUAUAAUAGAAACAAUUAUGGCUAUGGUAAUAAUAAUAAUAACUCACCAUUCAAUCAACAAAAUAUAAACCAACAAUAUGGUGUACAAUCAUUAUCAAACUAUACAACAUUCAGAAACAGUAACGAUUUACCCUCAAGCAUUAAAAAAUUAGCAACCUCUUUAAAAAAAUACUAUGUUAUUUAUUGUGUAAAUAAUAGUAAAAUGGAUAAAGUUAAAGAAUUUUUUGAUUUAUAUAGUUUGGAGCUAUGUAAAGACCCCGAGUGGCAACAUUGGUUUGCAUUACCAUAUAUUAAAAACCCACAACUCGAUCCAUUCUUCGAAGUUUAUUUUACAAAAAAUUGGACUGAAUCAUUUUCAUUAUCAUUAAAAAACUUUUUGACAACAAUUUUCAAAAACAUUCCAUUACCAAAAAUUUUACAAUUCAAUUUAGAGAGACAAAAUAGAAAAAGGUUAGAGGCACAAGUCGAAAAUUUAUUACAACAAAAUGAAGAAUUAAGAGCACAGCUUGAUAAAUUUGAAUAUCACAACAGGAGAGAAUCAAUUAGUAGCAAAGACAUAAUGGCAAACACAAGUGCGAUACUAAAGAAAGAAAACUCAUUAAACUCGCUACAAAAUGUAAAUAAUGAUGGUUUUAACAGUAAUGAAAUGAACUCGUUUUCUAGAGUUAGUAAAAGAUUUGAACCAAGAACAACCUCUGCUUCAAGCUCAAAUAUAAAUGGUUUAGCUAAUGAUAAUGAUGAAGAUAAAACAACUGUAGUUAUAGGUAUAGGUAGAUCGAGAAAAUCCGCAACAAAUAGUAUUAGUAGUGGCUCAACAAAUCAAACCUCACCAUCAACUUUAAAUAAAGAUAGUAAUAAUAAUAGUAAUAUAAACAACAAUAAUACUAUAAAUAACAAUAAUAGUAAUAGUGGAAUAAUAGGAUUAUCUCAGCUUACAAAUUCAUUUGAAAUGUCAGAAAUAGAUGAAAAUGGUUUUAAAAAAUUAAAUAAGAAUAACAAUAAUAGUAAUAGUAAUAAUGGUGAAAUAAUAUAUACAAUUGACUCACAAGAGGUUGUAACAUCACAUUCAUCACCUGUAACAAGAUGUAAAUACUUGUCGAAUGGGUCAAAAAUUGCAUCAAGCUCAGUUGAUGGUACAGUACGUUUGUGUAGUGUUGAUGGAUUUAUCAAGCAUACAACUAUCUAUUGUUUAUCAGAAGUCAUAUCAUUAGAAUGGGAGAGUAAAUCAAAAGUGUUGUUAUGUGGUACAACCGAUGCAAAAAUUAAACUAUGGAACACACAAACCGAUAAAGCUGUUGGUGAUAUAAAUACAUCAAAUGAAUUCCCACGUGUUGAAGAUAUUGUAUGUAAUCCAAAUGGUAAUUCAUUCGCAACCUCCUCAACUAAUGCAUCAAGAAGCGAUAGUAUUGUUUAUACCUGGAAUAUGAGAACAUUAAAAACUGAAGAGAAAUUAUCAUCAACCACAAGCGGUGCAAUUAUUAAUAGUAUGUCAUUCAAUAAUACUGGUAAUCUUUUAUCUACAGGUUGUUCAGAUGGUAUCAUUAGAAUAUUCGAUAUUAAAAGUGGCUCGACAAUUACCGGUUGGCAAGCACACUCUGACGAAAUUUUAUCAGUUCAAUUUUGUUCUGAUGACAACAAACUCUAUUCAUUAGGUAAAGACGGUAAAAUAUAUCAAUGGAAUAUCCAUACCAUGUCCAAACCAAUCAAGGAAUAUGAAUAUCCCGGCUUCAUUUCAGAUCCACAUCGAACAACCAAAAUAUCUUUCAACUCUGAUCAAAGCUCCUUUAUUGUUGGCUCUUCAAAUAAAUAUGCCUACAUAUAUAAUGUAGAUCAAAGUUCCCCUGUACUUUCGGUUACCGGUCAUUCUGGACCUGUUGUCUCUGCUGACUGGCACCCCUCUCAAAAUAUAGUUGUUACUGGUGGUUUGGACCAAACCGUUCGUUUAUCAAAACUAUCCAAAUCAAUUAAUAAUUUAUAAUAGUUUUUUUUUUUUUUAAAAAGGAAAAAAAAAAAAAAUUUCAAAUAAAUAAAAAAAUACCUUUUUAAAGGCGAUUAAAAUUUUAAAAUAAU